AUGUCGAAAUGUGGGGAAUGCAAUGAAUGCCUACUUGAUGGGGCAGUUUGCUCAUCAUGUAAACAGACUUUCCACUAUAAUUGUAUAGGAAUUACAGAGGGAGGAUAUCGAAAACUGGGUGAUAGAAAAUCUACUUGGCGAUGCCCUAAGUGUAAAUCAGGUGGACAAAUGAAUACACCGACACUUUCUCCAAUGCAAGAAUCAUCACGUAAGUUGUUAGAAGAGAUAAAAACCCUAUCAUCCAGAAUGACAGCCUUCGAAGAAUUAGUAAGCCAGAUAAAAGUUGAUGUCUUAGAAUGUGAAAAGGAUGCGGCUGAGCAAUGGAAUAGAAUGAACAACGUUGAGUUAAAGGGAGUACCACAGACGGCGAAUAAAAACCUGCUUGAUUUAAUAGUAAGCAUAGGAUCUAAAGUAAAUUAUGCUGUGGCAAAACAGCAGUUAAAUUUUAUAGCCCGAACACCAUCGAGGGAUUCUAAUCAUCCGAAGCCGAUUGUUGCGUGUUUCAACAGCAGGUAUGUUAAGGAGAACUUUGUGGCGGCAGUCAGAUCAUUUAACAGGGAGAGUUCCCUUUCCGCCAACCUAUUAGGACUUAGAGGCUCCGCCAAAAUAUUUGCAAAUGAUCAUUGCAUCAAAUGCGUCUAUGACAGUGAAAUUUUUGAUAGUAGAUAUGUUAUAUGGAGACGUGACAGAGACUAUGACAAAACCAAGCAGAGUAAGGGCGGAGGGGUGUUGCUGGCUGUGAAUCGUAAUCUUAGUGUAAGAGAACGGGUAGAGUGGAGAUCGUCAGCUGAAGACAUUUGGAUCACUAUUGCACAAUUCGGAAAAGAACAUGGGCACUUCAAUAACCUUCAUAUUUGUACCUUAUAUCUGUGUGCCGAAAACGCCGGUAACACACACUCAAUUCAGUUAAAUAACUUUACACAGAGCUUAAAUGAAGUUGUCCUAGAAAAUCAUCAGGAUACAUUUAUUAUCCUGGGUGAUUUUAAUCUUGGAAAUAUAAACUGGGAAUUUGGUGGUAGCGGUUCUUUGCAUGUGAUUCCAAGCUGUUACUCCGGAGAGCAACAAAUUGAAUUUAUAGAUUCAUUAGAGGUGUGCAAUUUGUGCCAAUACAAUUACGUGAAAAACUUUAAUGGUAGAAUAUUGGACCUCGUUUUAUCUAACAAACAAGUAGUAACUGCGUGCGAUGACCCAUUAACCGUAGAAGACCCUCACCACAGAACCUUGUGCAUAUGUGUAAAAUCCUUAGUUUCAGAUACUUUGAGGGACAACACUAAUGUAAGAUAUUUAUAUAACAAAGGUAACUACGAUAAAAUAAAUAAUGAACUUAGAUGCGUGGAUUGGAUCAAUGUUUUAUCAGAUAAUGACCUUGAAAGCGGUAUCAAAAUUCUAUGA